CACCUUCACACCACCAUCACCACCUCCACUAGCAAUUGCCAUUCCCUCCUGCGACUGCUCGCUCCUUGAGACCGGGUCACACGCCACACACACUUCCUCUGCUCCGGGAGUUCUCGUUGCUCUUGCCUGCAUACGAACCCCGGUGCUGAAUUGGAACUUGCACCUGCAGGUCGCGCAGUGACGCCGUGCCUGUCGCUGCAGCAUUGCCUGCGUCAGCGAAUCCGAGCCGAGUCCAAAAGCUUCCCUCAUCUUAACAUAAUAGAUAUCGGGAGCCUCGCCAGCAUCGUUCAAAGGUUGCAUCACAAUCGGCAUCAGCAUGACCAUCAGAUGAGCCUUUCACACGCAACCUCUCCUUCACCCGCUAAAGCAUCAGCACACAUUCCCGCCUCGUCGCAAUUCCCUUGAUCAACAACAGCACCACCCUCGACCGCUUCGUCCCCUUCGGGGCCCACGCCUCGAGAUGGGCAACGUACUGUCGGCUUGCUGCAAAAGCUGCCAAGGUCGGAACAAGGAUAACCUCUACGAGCCUGCCCUCGCAGACAGCGAACGAGAAGCCGUUGCGGACCUUCUCCAAUACCUCGAGAAUCGAGGAGAGACAGAUUUCUUUUCCGGAGAACCCUUACGAGCAUUGAGCACUCUUGUUUAUUCGGAUAAUGUUGACCUACAACGGAGUGCCAGCCUGACAUUUGCCGAGAUUACGGAGCGAGAUGUGAGAGAGGUCGACCGAGACACCCUAGAACCCAUCCUCUUCCUCCUUCAAAACCCCGACAUUGAAGUACAACGAGCUGCCAGUGCAGCCUUGGGCAAUCUUGCCGUGAAUCCGGAAAACAAGGUCGCUAUUGUCCAGCUCGGCGGAUUACCUCCACUCAUUCGACAGAUGAUGUCUCCUAAUGUCGAGGUUCAGUGCAAUGCUGUCGGCUGCAUUACCAAUCUUGCUACCCAUGAAGAUAACAAGGCCAAAAUCGCAAGGUCAGGAGCCUUAGGUCCAUUGACAAGGCUGGCAAAGUCCAAAGAUAUGCGAGUCCAGAGGAAUGCAACUGGCGCGUUGCUCAACAUGACACAUUCUGAUGAUAACAGACAACAACUCGUCAAUGCCGGAGCCAUUCCGGUGCUCGUUCAACUGCUUCAGUCGCCUGAUAUGGAUGUCCAAUAUUACUGCACCACAGCUCUGAGCAACAUCGCCGUCGACGCAUCCAACAGAAAGAAACUUGCCCAGACCGAACCACGCCUUGUCCAAUCACUGGUCCAGUUAAUGGACUCGGGCACUCCCAAGGUCCAGUGUCAGGCCGCACUGGCUCUCCGAAACUUGGCAUCCGAUGAAAAGUACCAACUGGAGAUUGUUCGAGCUAGAGGCUUGCAGCCACUCCUUCGUCUGCUUCAGUCUUCAUAUCUACCACUUAUCCUCUCCGCUGUCGCCUGCAUCCGCAAUAUUUCGAUUCACCCUCUGAAUGAAUCGCCCAUCAUUGAUGCGGGCUUUCUUAAACCCCUGGUGGAUCUUCUCGGCUCUACCGAUAAUGAGGAGAUCCAAUGCCAUGCCAUUUCGACUUUGCGGAAUCUUGCUGCAAGCUCGGACCGCAACAAGCAACUUGUCUUGGAGGCGGGGGCAGUUCAGAAAUGCAAGGAUCUCGUUCUGCAUGUCCCAUUGAGUGUACAGUCUGAGAUGACGGCUUGCAUCGCCGUGUUGGCCCUGAGCGACGAACUCAAGACACAUCUGCUCAACAUGGGAGUUUUCGAUGUCUUGAUUCCCCUGACCGAUUCGGAAAGCAUCGAAGUCCAAGGGAACAGUGCCGCUGCCCUGGGCAAUUUGUCUUCCAAGGUUGGCGACUAUUCGAUUUUUGUUCGCGAUUGGACCGAGCCAAAUGGUGGCAUUCACGGAUAUCUCAAGCGUUUUUUGUGCAGUGGUGAUCCCACAUUUCAACAUAUUGCCAUCUGGACGUUGCUGCAACUGCUGGAAUCGGACGACAAAAAGCUUGUCAGUUUGGUCGCCAAAUCCGAAGACAUCAUUCAGAUGGUCAAGACGAUUGCCGACAAACAUGUCGAAUCCGAUGAUGAGGAAGGCGAAGAGGGUGAGGGCGAGGUGAUAGCUCUUGCUCAAAGAUCCCUGGAAUUGCUUGGUAAAGGCCCGAAGCAAACCUUGGUGGAAGGGUGAACGCGAGCUGGCUGGAGGGUUGUUCUUUGUUUGAGACCUCUUGAUAUUAACAUAUACCCCUUUUACACGGAAUUGCAACGAAAAAAGGGCUGCCACUGGGCAUGGGCACGCAAAGUUGUGCAUCGCGGUGUGCAGGGAGCAUAGCGAGGCGUUGAGGGCGUGAUUGUCACUGCUUGUGGAAGAGAAUGGGGGCCUUCAAACGGGAAAGGAGCACUGUAGGUAUUGAUGCGACGUCAAUACCUUUUACUUAUCUUUUGACGGGAGAUUCUGCAGUUCUUUCGUUGUUUGUCCUUGUGGUAGCGGGAACAGACGAAAGCGAAAGCACGGGCAGGUUACGCCAUUUCAUUCUAGCCUCAAUGCAUUAAUUGUACACCUUUGGAA